GCUUUACAGCUGGACUCAACUCUGCACCAUGCGGUUCAACACACUCCUCUUCCUGCUGGUCGGAUCGUGUCUCUGUCUUGCACUGGCACAAGGUGAGAUGUUAUAACAGGAUAGCUGAUGCCUGGUAUCAGCUGUCACAAUAAGAGACUGAUAUAACAGAUAAAAUGAAGGUCAAGGGCGGUUUAUUGCCUGUCAUAACUUGAGUGGGAAGAAAAGGCCUCAUUGUGCAUUUAUUGCUUUAUUCAGCAACCCCGAUUGUGUCGGUUACCUUAAAGGGAUUUGUCAAUUUCUUGAACUUUGCACAAAUGAUGUUAUAUAAUCUAUUAUGUGCAGUGAGGGGUUUUAAUUUCACUGUUUUUCUGAUUCCUCAGUGAGCUACGACGACUGCUGUUUAAAGUUCGUGAAGAAACUGAGCAACGUCACUCAGAAACACGCAGUGGGGUACAGAUGGCAAGUGCCUGAUGGAGGCUGCAACCUGGCCGCUGUGAUGUGAGUACAGGCGCACAGCCAACAGAUCAUCCGUCUCCUAAAAGCUGCUUUGAAUUCAAUUAAAAUACUGUUUUAACACCUGUUUGCAUCUUUUAGCUUCACCAUGAAAAAAGGACGGGAGUUUUGCACAAACCCCGAAGAGAAAUGGGUGAAAGAUCUGAUGAAGAUGGUUGAGAAGAGGAUCAGAAGACAAAAUGGCAGGAAGGUGAGACAUUCCUGAUAGCAGUCCACUUUAUCCAGGGGCGGAUCCAGACUUAAAUGAGUAGGGGGGCUGGAUGGUGCACUGCAGGGGUGGUAUAAAGUUUGUAUAGUAUAAAGUUUACAUGUAUCUAUACUAAAACUCACAACAUUUAUGUAGUGAAAAAGAGUCGAUGCAUUUCUAAAACUGACUGAUGAUAAUAUUGAUACCUCUACAUGACCUACAAACACAUUUAUAAGGUGUUUUUUUUAACGAUUUCAAAAAAAUUGUCAAUUGAUUUAACAUUGGAUGUCAUUUUCUUCACAGAGCCGCUCACAGAAGCUCUCAGAAUGA